AUGCAGCACAAUGCUGAGCUGAUGGCAAAGUUUUCCAUCACAUGGUGCCUCGCCCUUGCGAGUGUGGCGGCGAUCGUCAGCGCGCAGUCGGUGCCACAAAUGGACGAGGACGAGUGGUGGGGGCCGCCGGAGCAGGAGAUAGAUACUGAACAGUUGCAGCAGAAAAAGUCCAUCAGGCCCUUUUCGAUCACUAUCUCGCAAGAUGAAAUCGAUUAUCUCAGAAAAAGACUCCUAAACCACCGCAGCUUCGUACCACCACUAGAGGACAGCAACUUCGAGUACGGCUUCAACCCUGACCAGCUGGACGUCUGGGCGCAGUACUGGGCCAACGAGUACAACUUCACUCGGGCGGAGGAGGUGCUCAACGCGUACCCGCAGUACAAGGUCAAUGUACAAGGUCUGGAUAUGCACUUCAUCUGGGUAAAACCUCAGGUGCCUGAAGGCGUGACGUCGGUACCCCUGCUCCUGCUGCACGGCUGGCCGAGCUCUGUGCGCGCGUACCACGACUCUAUACCGAUCCUAACCACACCCAGCGAUGGAUUAGUAUUCGAAGUUAUCGUCCCAAGUUUGCCUGGAUUUGGAUUUUCAGAUGCAGCAGUUCGUCCAGGAAUGGGCCCAGUACAGAUGGCAGUCGUGCUCAAAAACUUAAUGAAAGCACUCGGCCACAAGAAGUUUUACGUCCAAGGAGAAGAUUGGGGAGCAGUGAUUGGCAGACAGUUGUCCACGCUGUACCAGGAUGAUAUAUUGGGCUUCCACAGCGCACAACUCACUGUACUGACCAACUGCGUCGAAGUGAAGACACUGCUCGCGGGUUACAUCGGAUCCCUUCAGAUAGACCUUCAUCAGUUCAACAGAACCGCCUCUACUGACCUGGCGGAGGAGACUGGGUACAUACAUCUGCAGGCGACCAAACCUGACUCUGUGGGCGUGGGUCUCUCAGAUUCGCCCAUCGGUCUCUGCGCCUGGAUGCUGGAGAAGUUCUCGACCUGGUCCCGGCGCGACAACCGGCUGCUGGCGGACGGCGGGCUGCUCAACCACUUCACGCGCGACCAGCUGCUGGACAACGUGAUGGUGUACUGGCUGUCCAACAGCAUGACCAGCGCCAUGAGGAUAUACGCCGAGUACUUCAGUAACGCGCAACGAGCGUUGGGGAUAGAAGAGUAA